CCGAGCCCUAAUCUGAAGCCGCGGUUCACUGGGUGUUCAUUGUCCUUAUCCCUUAAUUCAUUAGUACUCUGCUUUCAGUUGGAUUCCGACCUCUGUGCUAAACAGUACUGUACAAAUGAUAUAAGUCUAGAUCGUAAUCGCACUUAAUUUAAGAGACUCUUAAGCACAGAAUAAAAUGAUUUUGGAAAUUCUGUCAUACGUCUGGUCCUUCUUACGGCUGGGGAUAUCCCACUAUACCCUGACCCUCUGCAUCAUAUCCUUCACCCUUUAUGUUAUUCACUGGGUACGUGUCAGGAGGUACAAGCAGUCACUGUUCGCACGUCUAGGUAUACCUUAUGUGGAGCCCCACUUGAUCCACGGCAGCCUACACACCCUGAGAGGGAAGACACUAGCGACAGACAUGCUGACUAACUGGCUGGAGAAGUAUGGGGAUGUCUUCGGGUAUUAUAUUGGCGCCAAGGCCAACGUUGUCAUCAAGGACUUGGACCUCAUCAGACAGGUACUUGUGAAGGAUUUCAAUAAUUUUUCUAACAGACCCAAGCUUAUUAUUGAGGCCCAACCCGUCAUCCACUGCAUUGUUGGGUUAAGGGACCAGAGGUGGAAAGAUGUACGUUCUGUUUUGGCGCCAACUUUUUCAAUGGCCAAGAUGAAGCUCAUGAUUGGCAUCAUGAAUGAGAGGGUUGACGAACUCCUUGGGAUCGUGGCAGAUCACAACACCAAAGAGAAGCCUCUGGAAUGGUACGGUCUCUUCCAAGGGCUCACUCUGGAUGUCAUCUGUGAAUGCGUAUUGGCCAUGAAGAGAAAUUGCCAGAGGGACCAAAAUGAUGACGCCUUCUUCUCAGCAACAAGGUAUUUCCUCAAACAUGCUAUGAAUCCGGCAAUUCACCUGGCAAUUUAUUUCAACAUCUUUGGGAAGGUUUUCACUUUCAUCAGCAACCAGUUGGCCUUGUCAGGACGUAUGACCAAUAUGAUUGUAUCUCACUUGAAGACUGUCCUGAAGAUUAGAAGGAAGGAUACGUCUAGAAAGUACAUCGAUGUUCUGCAGCUCAUGCUGGAGGCAGCAGAAUCUCAGCUGGAAUCAGAUGAGAAAGACCCAAUCUUCCAGAAUGAGACAAAUGUCCCAAAUGGAGCACCAGCUACCACAAAAGAACAUCAGUCAGAAACUACCCGGAAGUCAUCGAGAGAAGACAUAAAGAAGAAAAAUCUGUCAGAUGAAGAGAUCAUAGCCAAUGCAUGGGUGUUCUUGCUUGCAGGCUUUGAGACAUCUGCGAAUUCCUUGACGUCGACGGCCUAUCUCCUGGCUUGUCAUCCUGACAUCCAGGAGAAACUUUAUCAGGAACUCUGUGAACACAUUGAGGAUGGAUACGAGCACAUCACCUACGAGACCGUCCACAAGCUGAACUAUCUGGACCAGAUUUUUGCCGAAUCCUUGAGAAUCCUCCCGCCGGUCAUCACCUUCAUCAGCAGGGAUACGAACGCCGACUUCCAACUGGGUGACUACUUUAUUCCCAAUGACACCAACAUCCUGAUUCCAGUGUGGCAGAUUCACCACGACCCCAAACUGUGGCCCGAUCCCGACAAAUUUGACCCUGAGAGAUUUUCGCCGAAAGUCAAGGCUUCUGAAACGAGACACCCGAUGUCCUACAUCCCCUUCGGUGCUGGUCCUAGAGGAUGUCCUGGUGUCCGAUUUGCCCAACUCGAGGCGAAGGUGGCAAUAGCCAGACUCAUUAGGACACAUCGGUUGGAGACAUGUGAACAAACGCCAAUUCCCCUGACCUUCGAAAUGCCGACGGUAACUCACAUUCCUGCCAAAGACGUCAUUCUGAAGGCGCACAAAAUGAUUUUGGAAAUGCUGUCAUAUUUAUGGUCCCUCUUACGUGUGGGGAUGACCCGCUACACUGUGAUAUUUAGUAUCCUACUCGUCGUACUGUAUGUGACCCACUGGGUGCGUGUGAGGAGGUACCGGCAUUCACUCUUCCAGCGUCUGGGUAUACCUUAUGUCAAGCCACACCUCAUCCACGGCAGCCUCUUCACCUUGCAAGGGAACAAUGCCUUAGCUACCGACGUCCUGAGCGAGUGGCUAGAAAAGCAUGGGGACGUCUUCGGCUAUUUUAUGGGCUCAAAGCCCAACCUCGUUGUCAAGGACUUGGACCUCAUCAGGCAAGUACUGAUGAAGGAUUUCCACAACUUCUCCAACAGGCCGAAGCUCAUCAUCGAAAUCCAGCCCGUCACGCACACCCUCAUUGGCCUGAGAGACCAAAGGUGGAAGGACGUGCGCUCGGUUUUGGCGCCAACUUUCUCUAUGUCCAAAAUGAAACUGAUCAUCGGCAUCAUGAACGGCAGAGUUGACGAACUACUGGCGAUCGUUUCGAGCCGCAGUGCCAAAGGGGAGACUCUGGAGUGGUACAGCCUUUUCCAGGGCCUCACUCUAGAUGUGAUCUGCGAAUGUGUCAUGGCAAUGAAGAGGAACUGCCAGAGGGACCAAAACGACGACGAAUUUUUUGCGCUGGUGCGCACCUUCCUCAAACAUGCAAUGAGUCCCGCACUUCAUUUGGCACAUUGUUUCAAUGUCUUAGGACAGGUCUUCGCCUUCAUCAACAACCAGCUGGCAUUCUCAGGUCGCAUGACUAACAUGAUUGUAUCCCAUCUCCAGGCUGUCCUAAAGAUGAGACGGAAAGCAGCCUCCAAAAAUUACAUCGACGUUCUGCAGCUCAUGCUGGAGGCAUCGGAAUCCCAGCCAGAACCGGAUGCCAAUCAUUCGAACUUGCAGAACGGAACGAGCACUCUCAAUGGGACGACACACCCGGUAAAAUAUCAACUCCCAGAUUCAUACCUCAAGUCAGCCAAAGACGGCUUCAAGAAGAAGAACCUGUCGGACGAAGAGAUCAUCGCCAAUGCUUGGGUAUACAUGCUGGCAGGUUUUGAGACUUCCGCCAACGCCAUCACGUCGACGGCCUAUCUCCUGGCCUGCCAUCCUGACAUCCAGGAAAAACUCUAUCAGGAACUCUGCGAACACAUUGAGGAUGGACACGAACACCUCCCCUACGAAACCGUGCACAAACUGAAUUAUCUGGACCAAGUCUUCUCCGAAGCAUUGAGGAUCUUCCCGCCUGUGGUCAACUUCAUCACCAGGGAUACGAACGCAGAUUUCCAACUGGGUGACUAUUUCAUUCCCCAUGACACAGACAUUAUGAUUCCAGUGUGGCAGAUACACCACGACCCCAAACUGUGGCCCGAACCUUUUAAAUUUGACCCCGAAAGGUUCUCGUCUGCUGUCAAAGCCUCCGAAGCGAGGCACCCGAUGUCCUACAUCCCCUUCGGCGCAGGACCCAGGAGUUGUCCGGGCAUCCGCUUCGCCCAACUCGAGGCGAAGGUGGCAAUAGCCAGACUAAUUAGGACACAUCGGCUGGAGAGUUGUGAAGAAACACCAAUACCCCUGAAGUUCCAGUUGCCGACUGUGACCCACAUUCCCGCCCAGGAUGUCAUUUUUAAAGCGUUUCCAAGGGAGUAAAGAGCAACGUUUUCGAAGAGAAUCGUCUCGGUC